CUGAAGAUUGGCGUAGAAAAGGUCGUCGCACAGAAAUUCGGCGUCGACGGGCAAGCGAGAUACACGCCAAGACCACGGGAUGCCACCAGAUAAUCAUGGACAAUCCCCCUUACGGCAAGGCGACGUCAACGUCGACGUUAGCGGCCACCAGCUCGAGCAGCGUCGUCUCUGUUGCUUGUAGUCCAUCCUCUUCCUCCCUCGCGAGAUCCAGCAGUUCCAGUGUUUCAUCGCCGAUCGCCACCGGCGCGCUCCAUCCGCGACCUUUGCACGACGCCGCGCCCGGCAGCAACCAUGGUUCCGCUUCCCACCAUAACCCUGCCAAAGGUACACAACCUCGUCUUUCUUUUGUCCUCUGUUCCCCCGUCAACUUAGUUGUUUGUUUUAUUCGCGCCGCUGCGUGCGCUGAUAACCGUGCGACAGACGACCUUCGACAUGUUGAAGCACAGCUAGACAGCCUCGCCGCUGCCCCCAACAUGCGACGCUCACGGACGCUGCCCGUCCCCGCGCAGCAGACCGCCGGCGACGGCGCGCAGGACGCAUCGCACGACGAUGCCAAUGGAAUCGCUCAGGCGGGCGCCAAAAGCCCACGACCUCCACUCCUGACCCGUCGCACACCCACCACUCUGCCUACAAAGCCCAACAAAUCACCCGCCUCAGAAGCAAACCGUUCACCGUUGUUGCAGCACCAUGCUGCAACCUUCCCGCUCGACCGUGCAGGGAGAGCUUCGUUCGAAGGUCCUGAUGUGGAUGCCCAUCAUGGAGGGAAAGACAAGAAGUAAGUGUCGCGACAACCUUUCUUUGCUCUCCGUCAGCCGUGCAGAAUGACACGAUACACGAGCGCACGUGCAGCAAUGUUGCGCAAGGAGCGUAGUCAGCCCGCAGACAUGGUCGAGACACGCUACCCUGGCCUCGGACCCCCCUUACGAAUACGAGACCGAGAAAACCGAGAAUCCAAGCUAGUCGAGGACAAGCUGACAAGUCUUAACAAAACACAGAAAGGGUGUCUCCUUCCUGAGUCGCUUCAUACCCGGAGGCGGGAGCAACAAGAAGAGCGCGCCGUCGCCCGAGCUGGAUAGCAUACACGAAAGGCACGAGAAGGAUGACCACGAAGGGAGCAACGGGUCAUCGAAUCGUCCAGAGGGCAUGGACGCACAACUCUUUUCACACGCCGAGCAUGACGAUAUAGAUGGAAUUGAGUACCAUCCAAAGUAUCCGCAGCCGCCGCCGUAUAUCAAAUUCAGAAGCAAGUACAAGAAGGACAGGGAGUUUGACCACGUCUUCCUGGCGCAGGAGCUACAGGCAGGGCGAGCAAAGCCUCCCAGACGUCGGGGGACGACACAGACUCUGAACAGUCCAGCGUUGCAAGGGACUCCGCUAGAGAGCGACGAAAAUGCGGUGUGGGCGCUCGAGUUCAGCAAGGACGGCAAGUACCUCGCUGCCGCCGGACAAGACAAGAUCAUCCGCGUCUGGCAGGUCCUCAGCUCGCCUGAAGAGAGAAGAGAAAAUGAGUUAGAAGAGGAUGACGACGCCCAGUCCGUACAUCACAGGAUGAGACUGGAUGCACCUGUCUUCCAGAGAAGAGCCAUACGGGAGUACGAAGGGCACGAAGGACCGAUUAUCGACCUCAGCUGGAGUAAGAACAACUUUCUCCUCUCCGCAUCUGCAGACAAAACGGUCCGGCUAUGGCAUACGACGCGCGCCGAAUGUCUUUGCACAUUCAAGCACACCGAGCACGUGUAUUCAGUACGCUUCCACCCACGAGACGAUCGAUUUUUCCUCGCUGGAUCCCGCGACAUGAAACUUCGGUUUUGGUCGAUUCCGGACAAGAGUGUUGCGUACUGGCAACAGCUCAAUGAGAUCAUCACUGCUGUUGCCUUCACGCCCGAUGGCAAAACCGCGAUGGCAGGAACCGUGAAUGGCGUAUGCAACUUCUACGAGACGGAGGGGCUGAAGUACCAGACCCAAAUCCAAGUGCGGUCGGCCUACGGCAAGAACGCAAGGCCAAGCAAGAUAUGUUCUAUUGAGGCGAUGAACAUGUCGCAGACCGAGAGACCGGACAUCAAACUGCUCAUCUCGAGCAACGAUUCCAGAAUUAGGCUUUACAAUUUUCGAGAUAAGAGUUUGGAGACAAAAUUCAAAGGGCACCGAAGCGAGGAGCGAACGAUCAAGGCGCAGUUUGGCGAUACUGGCGAAUACGUCAUCAGCGGCAGUGAAGACAAGAGCGCGUUUUUGUGGUCACUAGGCCCAAGUGAGAGCGAGAAGCCCAGUCAGCGGCCCGUGGAAUUCUUUGAAGCCACGACGAGCCAGACAACGUGUGCUACUCUUGCGCCCACGAAGACGAGACAUUUGCUAGCGCAGUCCGACGACCCUAUAUAUGACCUAUGCAAUCCUCCUCCUGUCACGCUUGUCUCACGUUCCGAAUCUGCGGCUUCUUCCCAUCCCCCUAGUCGGACGAAUAGCCUCGCAGGUACGCCGCGUACAACUGAGUCUCCCCACAACAAGGCCGUGGAAAAUCCCGCUUACAUAGCGCGACAAUCGCAUCCUGGAGGCAAUAUCAUUGUCACUGCAUCUAAUACUGGUGUGGUACGCGUGUAUCGCCAGGACUGCGCGUUCACAAAACGCAAACACGCCGAUGACGCGAGCAGUCUGUUCGGGGUCAAGAAACCGAGCUCGCUCUAUAUGGCCCGGGCUCUGUCUCGCUCAAGCACGAAUAGAAACCCCCCUAGCCGAAGUGACAGUUUGAGCACGCAGCCGCCCAACGAUCGAAUCAUGACCUGGAGACAGGGAAUAUCCAGCACGAAUAGCUUAGAUCGAAAGCAGAGCGAUGCAAAGUCCACGCGGAGCAUGUCUCCCGGGAAAAGUGGCUACUCCUUCCGACGGUCGGGAUCCAUCCGAAGGAAUGUGGGCAACGGCCUCGGCAUCAGACAAGACAGCAUCGAUGCUAUGACUCCAAUGACAGUACCGAGUGUGCACGUCGAGAGUACAUCGACGUCGUCGCGGCCUCAGAGAAGUGAAUCAUCGCCCUCGCCGCCCAGUCCAAACGACGACGCUAGCAGCAGUAUCACGACACUGUCGAAACAGAACACUAGAGAAGACAAUCUUCCAAGUAACGGUGAAUUGGCCACGGAGGAUCUGACUCCCUCUCCCUCGCCCGAUCCCAACCCUCUCUGGCUCCAGAAUGGACAAUCAUUUCUGAGCUGGAACAUGAAGGAGUACGCCUCGCAAGCCCUCAAGAGGCUUACCCCCUUGGGGACAAAUGACCGUCUGAGGCCCGAUCUGAACUCUAGAGCGAGUCAGGUCACCGUAGUCAGCAGCUUGAGCAGUGACGGUCAGAGUACGCCGGAGAGAGAACUCGAAGAGACACAGACGCUGCGAUGCCGCAAAUGUGGGGGGACGGCUUUCAGAAUGAGGAAGUCAGAUGUUGGGACAAAAAAACUAAGCUGUCAACGCUGUGGUACUAUCGUCAGCACUUGAUUUCUUCUUCUAUCUCCGCCGCAGUUUGUGGAUUUGGACAGCGUCACACCAGACGGGUAACGAACGUAUAUUGUAUUAGUAUUGUUCUAUAAACUUUACAAAGGAGGGGUAGGUUUGAAACAGGUCUCGCGACCACUUCACCUAGGCGGGGGCCGGGAGUGCUGUCCUUUAUGUUGGCGUUUAUACAGAACACAAGCACAUGAGUGGCGGUAGCAGCAUUUUGGAAACACUUUGGUGUAGAUAAAAAUGAGUUUAAUCCAAGGCGUUUUCUUACCAA